ACUACUACCGCCGCAGCCGGUCAUAACAUGAUAUUUUUUCCCCUCUAUUUUUCUUCUUUGCCUAUAUAUACAUCACACCCAUUUUCAUUACAUUUUUUCGGUAUGACUGAAGCUGCAACACUUUGCACUUCUCCUCCGCCGCAACAACACUCAUCGGAGCAAAUUCUCCGCCGUGAAACCACACCACUAAACACUCCCACCACCCUUUGAGUUAAAAGGAAGACUUUUCGUGGGUUGUUCUAAAUUUUCCAUUUUUUUCUCUCAAAGUUUUUAGAAGUUUCAUAUUUUGGGAAAGAAAAAACAACCUCAGAUUCUGAUUCCUUGUUCUUCUUUGUUUUUUUGUUGUGUUUUUUGCUUAAUUGAAACAUUAUGGGACUUAAGGUUUUGCAACUGGCUCAUAAUGUUCCAUCUUCAUCUCAAACACUAGCUUCAGCAAUUUCAUCUCCUUCUUCAUCUUCUUCAUCAAAACCCCGAAACAAAUUCUUACCAAAUUCAACAACCUUGUUUGGAUCCACUAAUUUUGUUCUUCAAAGGUCUCGAUCUUUGCAACAAUACCCACUUUCCAUCACACGAAAGAGAAGAACAUUAAGAAGAGCUUUCAGUGCAAGCUUAGAUUCAUUCUCAGACGAAGAAUUCGCUAAGAAAAUCGAAGAUUUAGCUCUCAGAUUCCAAAUUUCAAGUGAAAACAAUGCAAUUAUGGAUUUAGAAAGCUUUGAAGAAAGCUUAAAACAAAGUCUAACUUCUUCUUCAGUGGUUAAUUUUGCAGCAGAGUUCGAGCCGCCGUGGAAUGGCCACGGCCUCCAUGGAGGCCGUGGCGAGGAAAUUAUUCCGGCCAUAAUCGAAAGAAAAGCCAAUAGCGUGGAGCUACCGUUUUCAUUAAGAAUCAUAAAAGAAAAGCUCAAACUCAAAGAAGAGUUCAGAGAAGUUGGUGAAUCAGCAAGAUGUUCAGUGAAGAAAGCUUUUUCUUCAAUGGUUUUUAUCAUCAGAGAGCUUCAAUGUUUCACUCUUCAAAUGAGAGAGGUUCUAUUUUACGAAGAUUUACAAGGAAUUCUCGAAAGGGUACAAAAGGAAAUGCACGCUUCAUUUGUGUGGCUAUUUCAACAAGUUUUUUCACAUACACCAACCUUAAUGGUUUAUGUUAUGAUUUUAUUAGCAAAUUUCACUGUUCAUUCAAUGUCAAGUAACAACGCCAUCGCCGCCGUUGUUACUCCGCCACCGGAAACUUCUUCGAUAGUCGAGUUUCGCGAUAAUGAAAGCCGUGGUGACCACGGCUUUCAUAAAUUCGACUCGUCUGCAAUUAAAACAUUCUCAAUCACGAAUGGAAAUAACACGGCCUCCGUCGAUGGUGGUACCGGCGGAGGAGGGAAAUAUAAACCGGUGGCAAGUGGGUUUGAUGGGGAUGGCCGGUUUGAUCAGACCGGAACCGGUUUAUCAAAUGGUGGUGUUUAUAAAACAGGGGAAAAUGAAACAGAGUCAGUUCAAGAAAACAAUGAAGAAGAAGAAACUAAGCUAUGGGAAGCUAUGGUGGAAGAAGCUUCUAGAAAUGAAGUGGGUUUGGAUCAUGAAGCAAUGGAAAAAUUUGUUUCACCGGUUUCUGCUAAAAUUGAAUCUGAUGAUUAUGCUGAGUAUUUGAGAACAGAACUUGUUUAUCAAACAGCUUUGUCUCAAGAACCAAACAAUGUUCUUUUGCUUGCAAAUUAUGCUCAGUUUCUUUACAUCGUUACACGUGAAUUUGACAGGGCAGAGGAAUACUUCAAAAGAGCUAUAGAAGUGGAGCCACCAGAUGCUGAGGCGUUUAACAAAUAUGCAAACUUCUUAUGGAAAGUGAAAAAUGAUUUGUGGGCUGCAGAAGAAACAUAUUUGGAGGCUAUUUCAGCUGAACCUAGUAACACUUAUUAUGCUGCAAAUUAUGCUCAUUUUCUAUGGAAUACUGGUGGUGAAGAUACAUGUUUUCCUCUAUCUGAUGAUAAUUCUCAAGAUGUUUAAGUUAAAUGUAGAAAAACUGAAAAAAAUAAAAAUAAAAAAAUUUGGAGGAAUGAAUAUAUAGAUGAGAAAAAGGAAAAAGAAAAAGAAAAGAAAAUUUUGUAGGUAUAUCUUUUUUAAAAUUUUUGGGUUGGGUGAAGAUCAGAGAAAGAGAUGGAAUAAUUAAUGCAUAUUUGUACAAUUGUAAUUAUAUAACUGUACAUAAACUCUUACAAUGGAUCUUUUUGUUUUUUUAAUGGUACAUGUUAAUCUUUGAUUAA